AUGGUUUUGAAUGUAAUCUGUAGAUGGCGUCGUAUGCAAAUGCAGAUAAAGUGUAUUUCUACGUUUCAGACUGAUCAUAACAAAUCAGUGAGGUUAUUUGUGAUUAUUAUAGAGUCGAAAAAUGGCUGAUGAUCCCUAUCAACAUGUUGCGAAAGGUAAACUUAGUCUAAAAGGAGAUUCAGGAAUUAAGAAGAAGAAGAAAAAGAAGGACAAGGAAAAGAAGCUUGAAGAGGCAGCAAGGAUGAUUGUUAAAGAUAAGGAAGCACCAGAAUUGAAAAAGACCAAUGCUGAAUUGGCUUUUAAGAAAAUGCAAGAGAAAAAUCAAAUUAAAAGAAUUCUGGAUAAAGCCAAUAUGACACAUAAGGAAAGAGUAGAAAAGUUUAACCAGCAUCUUGAUAGUUUAACUGAACACUUUGAUAUUCCAAAAGUAUCUUGGACAAAAUAAGCUACUGUAUUUAUUAUCUUACAUAUACUUUACACUAAAAAUAUAUUAUAAAUUAAUUCAGAAGAGUGUGCUUUAAGUUUAAUAAAAGAGAACUUUGUCACCAGGAGAGUAUAAAA